AUGUCACUCAUGAGCCCACGAGCUCAUGCCCGCUUCUGGGCACAAAGGCCCUUUGAUAAAGCCCAGAUUUUUUUCGAGAGGACCCUUUUAGAGUUUACACAGGGCUCUCAAAGACGCGGGUCCACUACUAUUUGUCAAAGCGGCUUCCGGAAAGAAGUGACGGGUGAAAGUAAAAAUGCUGUUAUGUCGGCUGCCGGGCAAAUCGAAUCGUUGAUUCGGGCGGCUUUAAGAUUUUUUUCAUUUCUUGCCUUAAUCUUCUUUCUCUCAACACCUCUUACUUUCACUCUAAACCACAAUGGAAGUUCUGAUGCUGUAGAAAAACACAGCAGGGCCCCUCUUCUAACCAUAGAGAGUCCAGAUGGAGAUCUUAUUGACUGUAUUCAAAAAACAAAGCAACCAGCUUUUGAUCAUCCUCUUCUGAGAAAUCACAAAAUUCAGAGAGUGCCAGCGCAAUUAGUAGAAAUAAUGGAAAGAGAAAAGUUGAAGAAUAGAGGCAUUCAUAGGCAUGAAGCAUCACAAAUUUGGCAGAAAAAUGGGAAGAAGUGUCCUGAAGGUACUAUUCCUAUUCGGCGGACUACGAAUAGUAAGGUUAGGAGAGACAAAUCUAUGCCUGGAGUCGUUGACAAACAACACUCUUUCUAUCAUGAUAAACUAUUUCAACGAUACGACCAUGAGUAUGCGGUGGCCCAACAGAGAGCACCACAAAGGAUAUAUGGGAGUAAGGCAAGAAUAAACUUGUGGCAGCCGGUUGUGGAGGUAGACUAUGAAUUCAGUCUUGCCCAGAUUUGGAUCUUAUCAGAAACGCAUGAAAAUGAUGUUAAUAGUAUUGAAGUUGGAUGGCAUGUCUAUCCGGCAAUUUACAAUAAUGAUCCACGUCCACGAUUAUUUAUUUUCUGGACGAAUGAUGGAUAUAGAACGACAAGAUGCUAUAAUCUUGAAUGUCCUGGUUUUGUACAAACCAACAAGGAUGUAGUCAUUGGAGGUCCAUUUUAUACAAUUUCAUCUUAUGAAGGUAUCCAAUAUGAUAUUCAUGUCCUUAUUUGGAAGGAUUCAAAUCACGGAAAUUGGUGGUUGAUGUAUAAUAAUAUUGUUGUGGGAUAUUGGCCAAGAAUCUUGUUUACUCACUUGGCAAACAACCCAGCAAGUAACGUGAUGUGGGGUGGUGAGGUAAUCAACAGUUGGCCAAACAACAAACAUACCUCAACAGAGAUGGGCUCCCGUCGUUUUGCACAACUCGGACAUCAAAAAGCAAGCUAUUUUGAGAACAUAGAGGUGGUUGUUGAGGAUCGCAGCUUUGUUCCAGGGCAAAUUGAUUCAUUGAGGGAGACCAAUGAUGAAUGCUACAAUAUUGAAGUUAACGAUCAAAGUAGUAUCUUUGGUACCAGCUUUUUCUAUGGAGGUCCAGGCAAGAGUUCUAUAUGUAAGUGA